AUGAGCUUGAGUAUUGCUAUCACUGCUAUGGUAAACAAUACAGCCACCAGCAGCAACCCCAAUGCCUCCAUAGAAAAACCCCCCACAGACUACUACCAGGACUACUGGAAUGAAAGAGUAAAGGAAUUUAAGGCAGUGGCCCCUACAUAUGACUGGAGUCCAGAAAUCCAGGGGAUCAUUCUGAGCUCUCUCAGUUAUGGCUCUUUUUUGGCUCCAAUCCCUACUGGCUAUGUGGCUGGAAUAUUUGGAGCCAAGUAUGUUGUUGGUGCUGGCUUGUUCAUUUCCUCAGUUCUGACGCUCUUCCUUCCACUGGGGGCUGAUGCUGGAGUGGCUCCAUUUAUUGUUCUUAGGGUCAUGCAAGGUAUAGCCCAGGUUAUGGUAUCAACAGGUCAGUUUUCAAUUUGGGUCAAAUGGGCUUGCCCAACGGAAAUAAGUCAACUCACCACCAUUGCUGGAUCAGGAAUUUUAUUGGGGAACUCCAUUGUUCUCAUUGCUGGUGGUUUCCUCUGCCAGGCCAUAGGAUGGCCUUAUGUCUUCUAUAUCUUUGGUGGCAUUGGCUGUGCUUGUUGCCUUCUUUGGUUUUCUCUCGUUUAUAAUGAGCCCAGGAAUCAUCCCUUUAUCAGCUCUAGUGAGAAAAGCUACAUCUUGCGUGCAGUGGCUCAACAGGAUCACUUGCCAGACUGGUCUCUGCCCAUCAAAGAUAUGGUCAAAUCCCUACCGCUUUGGGCCAUUGUAGUCUCCUAUUUCUGUCUAUUCUGGCAGUUUUCUACUAUGAUGGCAUACACACCUACAUAUUACAACUCUGUAUUUCAAGUCAAUGUCAGAGAUAAUGGCAUCUUGUCAGCCUUACCAUCUAUUUCGAGCUAUUUCUGUGUUAUCCUUGGAGGUCUAUUGGCAGCUUUUCUUUCCUCUAGAAAAAUCCUCAGACCUAUUACCAUCAGGAAACUUUUCACUGCUAUAGGGGUUCUCUCUUCCACUGUGGUCCUCUUGAUUCUGCCUUGGACCAAAUCCAGCUUCAGUACCACUCUGGCCCUCUUUGUAUUGUGUUCUUCCUUCAGCAGCCUCUGUAAUUCAGGAGCCAUAUAUGAAGGGUGUUUUCAUGUAGAAAAAAGGAUCAGAGUCAAAUUUAGGAAUAAAGAAACCACACAAACUAAGCACAAACCACUAAUCUGCCUGUGUAUCAACCAUGUUGAGAAGUUCCUACAGGUCACCCCCUUGAAAGGUUCAAGGUCUAGCACAGGAUCAUACAAAUCAGUAGUACAGUUCAUUCAGGCUUUCAUAAGAGUGAACACAAUUCCAAGCAGCCCCAGAGAUAAAGCUUAA